AAGCCGUGCCCUGCUCCCUGCUCCAGCACAGACCCAGCCGAUUGGUUUGUUUACCCUGAUUUGGAAAGACUCGCGCAGUGUAAUGAAAGCAUGCUUCUCGAUUUCAACAUCUACAACACUGUGACUGAUCCUCAACAUCAUUCAACCAUCUACACUUGCACAACCCCUGGAGACCUUGCCUCCUGGGGUUCAUUCAGCACCAAUUCAUCCGACAGCGGCUCCAGCUCUCCUGUUACAUAUGAGGUUGGCAUUUGGAAAGCCCGCUCCCCGCCGGGGAGCUCGCAGCUUCUCGCUCUGCUGCGAGAUAUGCAUAGCUACCUGAUUGCCAACCCUCACAAGGGAGAAUUAUUCGGCUACUCUAAUCGAGUAAGCGUCGGGGUUUACCUUGGUGGCAGUUUGCAGCUGACUCCCAACGUUGAUUUUGCACUCAAUGAAAUGAUCUCCCUGUCACGAAAUUCCACUUACGACCGAGCAAUCUUGCAAUACUGCGGUUCAAACGCCAAUAAUACUUUGGGUGUGGCAGUUUCAACGAACGGAGACCUCACUACUGUACAACAAUACAUCCAAUCCUGGAGCAAGGCCGAGUGUGAUUCAUGUGCUACACUCGUCUCAGAAUGUGGUAUCACUGCUGCUGAGUUCUAUCAAUAUAAUACUGCCUCAGAUCUAUGCUCGACACUGGAAGUUGGACAAUAUGUGUGCUGCUCCUCCGGGGGUUUGCCAGAUUUCUCCCCAUCCGCUUAUAGCAACGGCACCUGUUAUACCUACACAGUCCAGUCCGGUGACACUUGUUCGGCGCUGGCGCAGACUUAUAGCCUCACGGUCGCGGAGAUCGACUCCUACAACAACGAUACAUGGGGCUGGUACGGAUGUGAUGACUUGCAGGCGGGGACCAACAUUUGUCUUUCCACAGGCAAUGCCCCCUACCCGGCAGCUAUAACCAACGCUGUUUGUGGGCCCCAGGUGCCGGGAACCAACUUCACUGAUGCACCCACUUCCUGGUACUGGGCUCAGUUAAACCCGUGCCCUCUAAAUGCAUGUUGUGAUGUCUGGGGCCAGUGUGGUACUACCCCAUUGUACUGCAAUGACACGCGAGCUUCCACAGGUGCCCCAGGUACCGCAGCCGCUGGCUCAAAUGGUUGCAUCUAUAACUGUGGAACGAACAUUACCAACUAUGCCGAGGAGCCGUCGGGAUAUGAUGUGAUUGGUUAUCUGGAAGCCAGCAGUGUCAACCGUACGUGUCUCAGAUGGGAGGCCUCUGACGUGAAUACAACAAAGUAUACGCAUGUCAAUUUCGGCUUUGGAAACAUUGCAUCCGACUUCUCUAUCAAUGUAGAUGGGAUGGAAUCCGAUUUCAAUCUUUUCCUAAAACUGGUUGGGACUAAUCGAAUCUUGUCCUUUGGUGGAUGGGACUUUUCUACGAGCAGCAGCACGUAUAUGAUAUUCCGUGAGGGAACCGCUGCGGCAAAUCGUGAGACGUUCGCGACGAAUGUGGCCAAUUUCAUUACCGAGAAAGGACUUGAUGGAGUCGACUUCGAUUGGGAGUACCCUGGGGAGCCUGAUAUCUCCGGGAUUCCGGCAGGUGGUUCAGAUGAAGGCGAGAACUAUCUGGAAUUUCUGAAAGUCCUGCGUGCACUCGUGGCCAAUGAUACAAUCAUUUCGGUAACUGCUCCGUCAUCGUACUGGUAUCUGAAAGCCUUCCCAAUCGCUGAGAUGGCCGAAGUCGUUGACUAUAUCAACUACAUGACUUACGAUCUUCAUGGUAUCUGGGAUCUGGGCAACGAGUAUUCGCAAUGGGGUUGCAGCGACGGAGACUGUUUGUUCUCGCAUGUGAACAUGACGGAAACAAUGUGGGCAUUGGCGAUGAUCACCAAAGCUGGGGUAGCGACGAAAGACAUUCGCGUGGGUGUCUCCAGCUACGGCCGUUCCUUUCAUAUGACCACCGCGGGCUGCUAUGAGUCGUGGUGUACAUAUGAUACUGCGGGCGCCGCAGGACCCUGCACUGACACAGCCGGAUACAUCGCUGAGGCCGAGAUGGAGGAGAUUCUAGCCUCGGAUACGACGACCCAGACUUACUCCACGUACGAUACUGAUAUUCUGGUUUAUAACGAGACCCAAUGGGUAGGCUACAUGAAUUCCACUACGCGCGCGAGCCGGAUGGCAUACUACAAGCAGUUUAACUUCGGUGGCACGGCUGAGUGGGCCAUUGACCUA